AUGGCGGUGGCUGCAGCAGCGGUUGGUGUCAGGCUCCGAGACUGCUGCAGCCGGGGCGCUGUGCUCCUGCUCUUCUUUUCCCUGUCCCCUCGGCCCCCGGCCGCCGCCGCCUGGCUGCUGGGCCUGCGGCCCGAGGACACCGCUGGAGGCCGCGUGUCUCUGGAGGGGGGCACCCUGCGCGCCGCCGAAGGCACCAGCUUCCUCCUGCGCGUCUAUUUCCAGCCCGGGCCCGCGGCGCCCGUGGCGCCGGUGCCCGCACCCACCCUUUCCCCGGGGGAGAACGGCACCGGUGACUGGGCUCCACGGCUCGUGUUUAUCGAGGAGCCUCCGGGCGGAAGCGGCGCGGUACCCAGCGCCGUCCCCACGCGCCCCCCGGGGUCUCAGCGCUGCCGCGAGCAGAGCGACUGGGCAUCGGACGUGGAGGUCCUGGGGCCCCUGCGUCCCGGAGGCGUGGCGGGCUCAGCUCUAGUCCAGGUGCGGGUGCGGGAACUGCGUAAGGGCGAGGCAGAGCGAGGCGGCGCGGGCGGUGGCGGGAAGCUCUUCUCGCUGUGCGCCUGGGACGGGCGCGCCUGGCACCACCACGGCGCCGCCGGCGGCUUCCUGCUGCGCGUCCGCCCGCGGCUCUACGGCCCGGGCGGAGACCUGCUGCCCCCCGCGUGGCUGCGGGCGCUCGGAGCGCUCCUGCUGCUCGCCCUGUCUGCCCUGUUCAGCGGCCUGCGCCUGAGCCUGCUCUCGCUGGACCCGGUGGAGUUACGGGUGCUGCGGAACAGCGGCUCGGCCGCCGAGCAGGAGCAGGCGCGCCGAGUGCAGGCCGUGCGCGGCAGGGGGACCCAUCUGCUCUGCACCCUGCUCCUGGGCCAAGCCGGAGCCAACGCGGCCCUGGCGGGCUGGCUGUACGCGUCGCUGCCGCCGGGCGUCGGGGACACCGGGGAAGACUACGGCGACGCGGGGAUUCACUUCCCGUGGCUGCCGGCGCUCGUGUGCACCGGCGCCGUGUUCCUGGGUGCUGAGAUCUGCCCCUACUCAGUGUGUUCGCGGCAUGGGCUGGCCAUCGCCUCACACAGCGUGUGCCUGACCCGGCUCCUGAUGGCGGCCGCCUUUCCCCUGUGCUACCCGCUGGGCCGCCUGCUGGACUGGGCGCUGCGCCAGGAAAUCAGCACUUUCUACACGCGGGAGAAGCUGCUGGAGACCCUGCGGGCCGCGGACCCUUACAGUGACCUGGUGAAAGAGGAGCUCAACAUCAUCCAGGGCGCCCUGGAGCUGCGCACCAAGGUGGUGGAGGAGGUGCUGACCCCCCUUGGGGACUGCUUCAUGCUGCGCUCCGACGCUGUGCUGGAUUUCGCCACUGUCUCCGAGAUCCUGCGCAGCGGCUACACUCGCAUCCCCGUGUACGAGGGCGAUCAGCGGCACAACAUUGUGGACAUUCUGUUUGUCAAGGACUUGGCCUUCGUGGAUCCCGACGACUGCACGCCGCUCCUCACGGUCACCCGUUUCUACAACCGGCCCCUGCACUGCGUCUUCAGUGAUACCAGGCUGGACACGGUGCUGGAGGAGUUUAAGAAGGGAAAGUCUCACCUGGCCAUUGUCCAGCGGGUGAAUAAUGAGGGAGAGGGGGACCCCUUCUAUGAAGUGAUGGGCAUUGUCACCCUGGAGGACAUCAUCGAGGAGAUCAUCAAGUCGGAGAUCCUGGAUGAAACUGACCUCUACACCGACAAUCGGAAAAAGCAGAGGGUCCCACACCGGGAGAGGAAGCGGCACGACUUCUCCUUGUUUAAGCUUUCUGACUCAGAGAUGAGGGUGAGGAUCUCGCCACAGCUUCUGCUGGCCACGCACCGAUUCAUGGCGACAGAAGUGGAGCCAUUUAAGUCUCUGUACCUCUCGGAGAAGAUCCUGCUCCGGCUCCUGAAACACCCCAACGUGAUCCAGGAGCUGAAGUUUGAUGACAAGAACAAGAAGGCCCCGGAACACUACCUCUACCAGCGCAACCGUCCAGUAGACUACUUUGUGCUGCUUCUGCAGGGUAAAGUGGAGGUGGAGGUUGGUAAGGAAGGCCUUCGCUUCGAGAACGGAGCCUUCACCUACUAUGGUGUCCCAGCCAUCAUGACCACUGCUUGCUCAGAUAACGAUGUGCGGAAGGUUGGAAGUCUGGCUGGAUCCUCUGUCUUUCUGCCCGUCUCUGUGUCUCGUACCUUCGCCUUCAGCAGAGGGGACUCUCUGGCAGGCUCCCCAGUAAACCGGUCCCCUUCCCGCUGCAGCGGGCUGAACCGCUCAGAGUCUCCGAACCGUGAGCGCAGCGACUUUGGGGGGAGCAACACCCAGCUGUGUAGCAGCAGCAACAACCUCUACACACCUGACUACUCAGUCCACAUCCUCAGCGACGUGCAGUUUGUGAAGGUCACGCGGCAGCAGUACCAGAAUGCGCUCACUGCCUGCCACAUGGACAGCUCACCCCAGUCCCCCGACAUGGAGGUGUUCACUGAUGGAGACUCCACCAAGGCCCCCAUGACCCGGGGCACACCCCAGACCCCCAAGGAUGACCCUGCCGUCACCCUCCUGAGCAAUAGGAAUAGCCUGCCGUGCAGCCGCUCAGAUGGGCUGAGAAGCCCCAGUGAGGUCGUGUACUUGAGGAUGGAGGAGAUGGCCUUCACCCAGGAGGAAAUGACGGACUUCGAGCAGCAGAGCACACAGCACCUCUCGCUGUCUCCUGCAACUGUUCCUCCGAGAGCAGCAUCAGAUAGUGAAUGCUGUCCUAUCAACCUGGACACAGAGACCAGCCCCUGCAGCAGCGACUUUGAGGAAACCAUGGGCAAGAAGUUGCUGAGAACCUUGAGUGGUCGAAAAAGGAAGAAGUCAUCAGAUGGAGAGAGAGCCUCUGAGGAGAAGUCCAACUUAACGCCUCUUAUCACAUGACAGAGCAGUCCGCGUUCGCUGGGUGUGUGAGAUUCCAGCGCUCUGGGGAGAACCCAUCGUCCCAUCAUCUGCUUCUCCCCAAGGCCUCCCUGACAGAGCAUUCUGCUUUCCUUACCGCCUCUUCACCCCUCGCUGUCGGUUUGGCAGGUUUUCCCUCGUUGCCUCCAGUUUGACUCAGAGCCUUGCGGUGGCCAUAACGGAAUGAGGUGCCUCCGUGGAACAUGCUAGAAAUGGUCUUAUCCACAGCACAGUCUGGGACGAGAGAAGAAAUGACCCCAGGCUGACAAUGCCACUCUAGGAGCCCUGACGCCCUUUUUGUUCUUUGGUGUCCCCUGGCACCAUAGUUCAUGCUUAGCUUAGGUCAGAAGGUGCCACUGGCAGACGGGCACAAAGGAGGCUGCAGCAGCAGACAGGAAGCUUAGCUCAGGAGAUGCACCAACAAUCCCUUCAGAACAUUAGAGCAACGGAACUCAGUCACGUUGGCGUGUGAAGUUACAGGACAGAAAACUGUCAGUGACCAGUUUCCUGUUAGAUAAGGGUUCCAGCAGCCUGGGAGGUGUGUCUCAGCUGGAAUGGAAAGAAUGUGAGAUGGGACCUCAAGUCACUGUAUUUCCCAGGGACACAUCUAUUUUGGCUCCUGAUCAAUAGUCAUCAAUCCCUCAAUAAAUCUGCUCUGGAAGAGGAGGAACAGGGAGCAGAGAAACCCAUUUGGGAGCCAGAGAUGGAACCUCAGGUUUUAAGUUAAAAAAAAAAAUUAUGCGGAAAAGUUUUUAGCCAUGACAAACCAAAGAGUGCCCAGGUCGGCCAAGAAGGAUGCAAGCUCUCAUGGGACUUAAGUGUGUAUUACACUGGAACAUUGAAGAAUCACUCUUCUUUUUUUCAUCUAUUCCCCCCACCCCCCACCCUUACUCCACUCCAGCAAGUCGGCUGAGUGUACUUUAUUCCAAGAAUAUACCAGAUCUCUAGUUUUUCACCUGAUGUUGGGGCAGAUGCAAUUCCAAGUAUUACCACCAGAUGGCAGGAUGACUGCACAGACCUACUUGAAGCAUAAACUUGUUCUGAUCAGGAACCACACAGCCAGCCUUAGGGAAAAUGUGAAAGUAAGACAAGGUUGUCUUCUGGACACCUGCCUCCCUUUCUGAUGUAUAUCCCACCCCUUGGGUUCCCUAGAUCAGGGAGCCAGGGAUCUAGUGAUCCAGUACUACCUGCUGAUCUCCAAACCAUUCCCUAACUUUUCUCUGGGGUAUAUCAUUCAGGCUUUCCUCACCUUCCUCCAAAACCAUUAUUCCGACCUCCCCACACCCAAUCAAUCAAUAAUCACAUGGGGAGUGGGAAGGCUGAUAAUUCCUCUGGGUUAUUUGCAUCUCAAAAGAAAAUGCUUACCCACAGGAACCUUUAACUCAGGGGUUCUUAACUUGGGGUCCAUCAGUCCAGGGGCUCCACUGUUGGACUUCAGAGGCUCUGUGAAACCCCUAACUCUGUCAGAACUUAGAGCCUCCAUUCUGUGUGUGUUUUCCAGAGGGCUAAAGAUUUCAUAGGAUUCUUAAAGGUCUCAGACCCACAAAGUGUUAAAACCCACUAUUUUAACUAGUGGAACUUUCAGCCCAGAGUUUCUGCAAUGCAGAGUGAAGUGAAUACUGGGUAGUUCGAGACAGAUUUUUAGUUGUAAAUGGUCUUCUUAAGUGUCCAUCAAAUCGAUGGGGAAAGCUGGCACCCACCAAGUGGAAGUCAUCAGAAAUCCUUGGCACACCCUAUGGUAUUGUACAGCCUACACCUCACAUAACUUGGUCCCUCCUCCCCCGCCAAACCAGAGCAGGUGUUACAGACAGGAGGGGCACAGCAUGUGGAAGUAGAUUUUCCAGCUCGAGAUGCCUUUUUCAGCAAUGUAUUGUGACUUCACAUCCCUUGCCUGGCUCUGCCUGAGGCUCAGCAGUGCAUGACUUUUUGUAGAUAACUCACAGCUACCACCCACCCCCAACACCUACUCUUGCCUGGUAGAAACAGGCAAAGUGUCAGCCCUCAGUGCUGGGUACCUCCGACCUAAACCAGUAAACAGUGAGUUUCAAACAAGGACUGCCAUCAUGCAGUUGUCUUGCCCAGCUGGCCAGUGGCCCAAGGGGGCCUGCCUGGCUAGUCUUCCUUUCAUUACCCCUUAGGCCACUGCUGUUGCAUUAAUCCCUUUGCAAAAUGCCUAAGGAGCCUGUCAUCACUCCCCUCCCUAUUCCCUGCCCCAA